UUAAAACUAACUAUUGUCCAUACGCGAGUAGAAAAUUUAUGUAUUAAAACGUGGCGUAUAAAAUGAAUACCAUUUUCGUAUUUUUAAUAAGUUUCUCAGUUUUUACAUUUACCAUUAGUGAAAAUUUACAUCCAAUUAUAUUUGUACCAGGUGAUGGAGGUAGUCAAGUGGAAGCAAAAUUAAAUAAGACCUCGGUGGUACAUUACAUAUGUGAAAAAACGAGUGAUUAUGCUAAUAUAUGGUUGAAUAUUGAACUAUUGGUACCGAUUGUGAUAGAUUGUUUUAUUGAUAAUUUAAAAUUAACAUAUGAUAAUACUACCAGAACCACAAAAAAUUCACCAGGUGUUGAUAUACGAAUACCUGGUUUCGGCAGUUCUGAAGUUGUCGAAUGGAUAGAUCCAAGUCAUGCGUCAGCAGGUGCUUAUUUUAAGGAUAUUGGUAAUAUUUUAGUUCAAGAUCAUGGAUAUGUACGAAACGUUUCACUUCGUGGAGCUCCUUAUGAUUUUCGAAAAGGACCUAAUGAAUUGGGAGAUUAUUUCAAACAAUUAAAAAGUUUGAUUGAAGAAACUUAUAUAUUAAAUAAUAAACAAUCAGUGAUUAUUAUUGCACAUUCAAUGGGAGCACCAUUAUUUUUAAUAUUCCUACACUCCCAAGAACAAGCGUGGAAAGAUAAAUAUAUUAAAACGUUUGUCACUUUAGCUGGUGCUUGGGGUGGAUCUGUGAAAGCUAUUAAAGUAUUUGCAAUUGGUGAUGAUUUAGGUGCAUUUAUGCUUCGGCAGAAAAUUUUGCGAGAGGAACAAAUUACAUCACCAAGUUUAUCAUGGUUACUUCCAUCUAGUCUAUUUUGGAAAGAGAACGAAGUUUUAGUGCAAACUGAAACAAAAAAUUAUACAGUUAAUGAUUAUGAAGAAUUUUUCAAAGAUUUACAAUAUCCAGUAGGUUGGGAAAUGAGAAAAGACACCCAAAAUUAUACCUUAAACUUUGCUGCACCAGGUGUAGAAGUUCACUGUUUAUAUGGUUCAAACUUACCAACCGUUGAAAGACUUGUAUACAAACCAAAAAAACAAGUAUUGUCUAAAUUUUUUAGGCUGAAUUAUAAAAAAUCUACAGUACUAGAUGGAUCACCGACAUUAAUUAAUGGAGAUGGUGAUGGCACGGUAAAUUUGCGAUCAUUGGAAGCAUGUAAAUUUUGGAAAGAUAAACAAAGUCAACGAGUUUAUUCUCAAAAGUUUCCUAACGCUGAACAUAUGCUUAUAUUAAGUAAUCCAAAUGUCUUGUCGUAUAUUACGCAGUUGGUAACUAAAAUCGGAUAUUCAUAAAAUUAGUCAUUUUGUUUAAUUAGACCGAUCUCUCUUUCAAAUCUUUAAAGAAUUUACUAGACUGAAUCAUGAUAUUAAUUUUAAGUUUGACAAGAUAUUAUUUUCCUGAAUAAAUUGUGUGCAUGUUUCUCUAAUGAUUGGGCAUAACAUUGCUUGGCAGCUAUAAAUUAAAAACUUAUACAGACUUAAAAACAUUUAUAGACAGCA